GGACUCCACUUGAAUUAAUCUAAUUAGUUUUACUGGAUAAUUAUGGCUACCUUGGAAGAUAGACUUUUGGGUGAAAAACUGCAGUAUUAUUGUAGCAGCUCAGAAGAUGAGCAGUCCAGUCCAGAAGAUGAUGAUAAAGUUGAUGAAGAUCAAGGAGCCAGCGGCAGCAAUAAAAUUCUUCAAGAUGCUGCUAUUGAUUGCGGCUCCAAAGAACUACAGCCAUGGGAGGGUUCUUCAACAAAUACAGGACCAAAGGGAGUCCUGAAGGAUUGGCGGAACUACAAGCAGAUGGAAACUGAGAAGAGAAAAGAAAAAGAAAAGGAAAGAAUUCAACUUGCCAAGAAACUUGCCCUCACAUGUCGUUCUCAUGUGAGCUAGUUUUAUGAGUCUGUGUCCAUGCUAAGGCAGGGUGUGGAUUGCAGGUAUUUUGUUG